AUGACUCGUGGAAAGCCAUCAGGUAUAUACACUGCCAGGAAACUUCGCAUUCACCGUCGCAAGCAACGAUGGGCUGACAAACAGUACAAGAAGGCUCACUUGGGUACUAGGUGGAAGGCUAACCCAUUUGGUGGUGCUUCGCACGCCAAGGGAAUCGUCGUUGAAAAGAUUGGUGUCGAGGCAAAACAGCCCAACUCGGCCAUCCGAAAGUGUGUCCGUGUCCAGCUUCUCAAGAAUGGGAAGAAAAUAACUGCCUUCGUUCCGAACGACGGUUGCAUGAAUUUUAUUGAUGACAACGAUGAAGUUUUGGUGGCUGGCUUCGGUCGUAAGGGUCACGCUGUCGGUGAUAUUCCCGGCGUCCGCUUCAAGGUUGUAAAAGUGGCGAAUGUGUCACUACUAGCCCUGUACAAGCACAAAAAGGACAAGCCAAGGAGUUAA